GCCGUUUGUGUGUAUCAGAUUGCGCAUGAGUUGAGCCCACCAAUGACCGCGCUUGCUCCACAAAAGGGGCGCUACAUGUACAUAUUUACGGUAGUUGCUGGAGAAUGAUUACGACAUUUAUUUUUUGCCAUGUUUCAGGAUACCAGCAUACAUACAUGCAUGUACUGGUACAUGUACGUGCACGUAAUAUGCAUACACGUGCAUGUGGUAUCUAUGUAGUCUAUGGCGCUCUCGGCAUUUAUGUGUUUUGAAACGACGAAAGUGAGCAUGCAUUGAAGCACGUACCGUAAUCGUGGAACUGAUUAAUAUGAUUCACAUACAUGUACAUGCAUUGCAGAGUGGAUCUGUCCAUGGAAGAAGCAUUGUUCUUUAACACAAUUGUAUUUUUGAUAGAGAUAAUCUCUGUACCAGCUUGCAGUCAGACGUUCUAAUUUGCCUCUGCUCCAGAGCUGACCUCCAAGAUGGGGUUGCGUGCCCUGUCUCCCCUUCUGUUGGUCAUCGCUACACUCUUGGGCGGGACAGCCACCACCGACAACUUUGGCGAGGAGCGGGAGUUUCACAACGAGUGGGCGGUGGAGGUACCAGGAGGGGAGGAGGUGGCGAGGGAAGUGGCCGAAGAAUUUGGCUUUACGUUUGGCCGAAGAAUUGGUGCCCUGGAGAAUAUGUACAGCCUCCAGAAGGAUAACCAUGAGAGGAGGUCACGAAGACAGGCUGUGGACGUCACCAGUCUGUUGGUAGAAGAUGCAAGGGUAGCGUGGGUGGAACAACAGGAAACGCAUUUCCACGAGAAGCGAGAUGCAGCAGCUGUUUCUCACAACCAAACUGGUGACGAUUACGUACCGCCAUUCAAUGAUCCCCGGUUCCCUGAUCAGUGGUAUCUGCACAAUGAUGGUCAGAACGAUGCGACGCCAGGCGUGGACAUGAACCUGGCGCCGGUCUGGAAGCUAGGCAUCAUGGGACAGGGGUCAGUGGUGGCUGUAGUUGAUGAUGGCGUAGACGGAACUCAUCCAGACUUGCAGGCCAACUAUGACCCACUUGCAUCCUGGGAUUUCAACGGUAAUGACUCGGAUCCACACCCUGAUGACCGUGCUGAGGUGGGGGGUAAAAACAAUCACGGCACUCGCUGUGCUGGAGAAAUUGCCGCGGCCGCCAACAAUGGCAUAUGCGGGGUAGGAGCAGCUCCGAAGGCAGGCAUCGGAGGCAUACGAUUCCUAGACGGCAGAGUGACAGACAUGAUGGAAGCAGAGGCUUUGACCUUUAACAAUCAGCACGUUGACAUCUACAGUUGCUGCUGGGGUCCGUCUGACAACGGCAAGACGAUGCGGGAACCGGGGAAAUUGAUGACGGAAGCGUUGGCUCAGGGCUGUAGGGAGGGUCGAGGGGGUAAGGGCUCUAUUUAUGUGUGGGCGUCUGGCAACGGGGGACACAAUGACGAUGACUGUGGGGCAGACGCCUAUGUCGGCAACAUCCACACCAUCUCGGUAGGCUCCAUCAACGACAAGGGGGAGUCUGUCUACUUCAUGGAGAGCUGCCCCUCUACCAUGGGCGUCAUUCUGUCGGGGGGCCUGAACGAUAGGAGUUCUCUUGGUGAAAUGAAGAAACGACAGAACCUUGUGAUCACAACAGAUAUCCACGAUGCGUGCAUUGAUAAUUUCAUCGGGACAUCAAGUGCUGCACCCUUGGCAGCCGGUCUCCUUGCGUUGGUGCUUCAAGCCAAUCCUAACCUAACUUGGCGAGACAUCCAGCAUAUUGUUGUCAACGGAGCGCACAUUCCCAACACGGUGGAGUCGGGUUGGCAUGUCAACGGCGCCGGUUUCCAUGUCAACGAGAAGUUUGGUUUCGGCAUGCUGGAUGCUGGCAAGAUGGUGGAGCUGGCACUGACGUGGAGCAACGUAGGCAAGCAGAAGAUCUGUGAAGUGCCCACUUUCAAGAUCGACAAGUCUGUGUUGCAGGGGACGUCAUAUUUAACCCAUUUGCAGGUGGACUGCCCCCACAUGACCAAGCUCGAGCACACCUUGGUCCGCAUCUCUUUCAAGGCUCCCCGCCGUGGCGACGUCUCCCUGAAAGUCUGGUCCCCCUUUGGCACCCCCUCGGAGCUGCUGUCGCGGCGCCGUCACGACAACUCCACGGACGAGGUGGUCAGGUUCCCCUUCAUGUCCGUCAGGAACUGGGGGGAGAACCCCACGGGGACGUGGGGCUUCGAGCUGAUGUACCACUUCACACCCCCCGACGUGCAGCCCAAGCCCAAGUGGCCGGACAUACCGCGACAGCACGACAGUAUGGUGGAGCUAAUGGACGUUCAGCUGAUCCUGUAUGGGACGGCUGACGGCGAAGAUGAGGGGACCUCAAACUCUGACGAUGCCAACCCCGAAGUGAACACCGAAUUCACCGGAAGACUAGACAGUGACGAGGUGGUUGACAUCUUCAACGAUGAGCAGACGGACGACGAGGAGAUUGUGGUGGACUUGGACGACCUCGCCGCUGGGGUCCGUCCACCCCCGAACACCGCCCACAACCUGGAUAAGAAUAGAGAGGGAGUCAUCGACACGGGACAGUUUGACAAAGUCCUGCAAGAUCCCGAGGUCCGUUCUCUCAUCCACGACAUCUACGUCCACAAGAAGGCGGAGGCCCUGCGCAGGCUGGCCGCGAAGAGACUUCAUCAGGACAAGAGGUACCAUGACCAGAGGCAGAGGUCACAAGACCUAGAUCGGGCACACGACGAAGAGGAAUCGAGGCGUGAGGCGCUUGAGCACGUACUUGAACUUCUUCAUGACGGCGGCCUGUAAUGCCAAUCAAAGAUGACAUCUGAAUUUUAUCUUUUCGGACCUCAAAACAGUGUUGUAUUCAAGUCCAUCCCAAGUCCUUUCACAAGUCCCUUCACGAGGUCAGUCCAGUCACAAGUCCCUU